AUGAGGCUCUACGCCGCGCUCUGCACUGCGCUUUACUGCGCGUGCGUGGGCCUCCAGGGCGCGGGCGUCAAUGUCGUCGGCCCGGCCGGGCCGUCGCUCGCGUCCAAGCUCCGCACGGAUGUCUCUUCGGUCGGAUCCAUCCUCUCCGCUGAGGGCGCCGGCGCCGCCGCGGGCGCGCUGCUGAUACCGCUGCUGCUCGGCCGGCUGCCCGGCCACAUCGUGCUCUGCGUCCUCUCGGCCAGCAUCGGCGUCUCACUCUUCGGCGUGUGGCUCUGCGGCAGCAUCAGAGAGGUGACCAUCCUCUACUUCGCGGUGGGCGGCCUCCUUGGCUCCUUUUCUGGCUGCGCCAACACAUUGCUCGCGUGGCUGCACGCUGGCCGGAACCUCGGCCCGUGGGUCAACCUGGUAAACGCCUGCUUCGGGCUCGGGUCGGGCGGCGUGCCUCUGCUGUUUGUGGCGGCCGAGCGGCGCCUCGGCGAUGGGCUGCGCGUCUUCCCCGCCCUAGGGCUCGCCGCGGCGGGUGUGGCCCUCUCGGCCGCCUGCCUGCCGAGCCCGCCCCGCCCCAAGGACGCCAAGGGUGGCGGAGGCGGAGGCGGAGGCGGCCGCGGCCGCACGUGGGUCGUGGUUGGCCCGCUGAUGGUGGUGCUCGCGCUGGGCGUGGGGAGCGAGAUUGCGUUUGGCGCGUGGUGCUACGAGUAUGCCACCGCGCGGGUGGGCAUGCCGCCGACGGAGGCAGCCUACCUGACCGCCGUCUACUGGAGCUCCUUCACGUGCGGCCGGCUGGGCGCUGUGCCGCUGGCGGCGGCGCUGCCUCCCGAGGGCCUGCUGCUGCCGAGCCUCGUCCUCGAGGUGGCCUCGGCCCUUCUCGUGCUCUGCGACCCCUCCUCGGAGAGAGUGCUCUGGGCCGCCACCGUCGGCGCCGGCGUCGGCGUCUGCGCGCUCUACUCGAACGUCAUGUCGCUGCUGGCGGGCCACGGGCUCAUGUCGGCGCCAAUCGUGUCGGCGAUGCAGUUCGCGUGCUCGCUGGGGCACAUGACCCUGCCCAACCUCGUCGCGCUCGUCAUGCGCCACACCAGCCUCGGCCACGAGUCCCUCUUCGUGGUCCUCGCCGCCGCGAACGCCGCCUGCCUCGUCCUGGUGGCCGCCGUCUCGCUGCACUUGCGGCGGCGCUACAAGAGCGCUCCGCCGGCGGCGCUCUUCGACGCGGGGGCGAAGCAGGUGUGA